UUUUACAGAUUGUCAAAGAAAUGACCUCAGACAGCUUUGCAGACUGCAUCAGGAGUAACAUUAAAGAUGACAUCAAACAAGAGCAAUACGACGUGCAGUGCAGUAAUUAUCCAGCUGAUGAUUUCAAACAGUAUAAGAAUUUUCCAGAUGAUGAACAUGGCACAUCUCACCUGUCCGUCAUCGCUGAAGAUGGGAGUGCAGUGGCCGUCACCAGCAGUAUCAAUACCUAUUUUGGCUCUAAGGUGAUGUCAGGCUCAACAGGCAUUAUGUUUAAUGACCAAAUGAAUGAUUUCUGUAAACCCAAGCUGGGAAAUGGGCAAGAUGAUGAUUGUUCUUGUUGCAAGAACAACCUAAUUAAACCAGGUAAAAGGCCACUUUCAUCAAUGUGUCCCACAAUCAUAUUGGACAAAAACAGCAAACAAGUCAAAAUGGUGGCUGGAGGUGAAGGUGGGGGACAUAUCACAACAUCAACUGCUCAGGUGAUCCUGAACCAUGUGUUCUUUGGCUAUGACCUGCAGAAAGCUGUUAAGGAGCCCAGAGUUCAGAUACCAAUAAACAAGACAAAUGUAGAAGACUGCUUUGAUGUGAGGGUCACUGAUGGCUUGAGGAAGAAGAAUCAUAGUAUAUUUCACAACGCUGGACUAUCAGCUGUCCAGGCAGUGGUACGAGAGGGGGACAAAGUCUGUGCCGAAUCCGACUGCAGGAAAGGUGGCUAUCCGGCCGGAUACCCAGAAGCAAAUCUGUAGAAUUUAGUAGGGGCGCUACAGGGAUGUGUCCCUAUCAAUAUCCAACGACUAUUAAAUUGUCCCUAUAAUCAUAUUUGAUCAAACAAAUAAAUAUAUGUGUUGUUUUAAGUUCGGCCUCAUCUAAAAUAGGUCACAACUGUUUUUUUUUUGUUGUUGUUUUUUUUUGGAUGAUAUA